AUGUCCGCCGCCAACACGCCCGUCGAUGCAACAAAAUCAGCGAGCAAGAGCAAGAAGAAGAAGAACAGCAAGAAGAAGGCCAACGGCCAGGCAAACGCGGUCAAUGGCGCGGCACAGACCAAUGGCGCCGGCGUCGAUCAUGUAGCCGACGACGAUGCUGACGACGAGCCAUCACGACCCCAAUCCCCGAGCGCAGGAAUAAAAUCCGACACGACAGACGCGCAGCAACCCUCCGAUAUGCCUCCCGCGUCGUCGAAAGCUCAAACCAAGUCUGAGCAGACGCCCAUACAGAAUGGUACACAUAAAACCGCAGACGACCCCGUCGAUGACGACGAAGAUGAGGACGAUGAUGGCAAAGAUGGGGAGGAGCCGGAGCAGUCGACAUCAGGAUCGCCGACUGAUACCUCCGCGCGACUCGACGCCAUGCAACAGGAACGUGACAGCUUAAGAGCAGAAGUGACACAGUUGCGGAAGUCGCUCGAGAGCUUACGAGAGAAGCACAAUGAAGAGUUGACUGGCGUGAAGGAGGAGCUCGAGCAGACACAAGAGGGAAAAGAGCAGGCCGAAACGCAGUAUCGCAAUCUUCUGGGCAAAGUGAACACUAUUCGCUCCCAGCUAGGAGAGAGGUUGAAGGCCGAUGCCGCUGAGUUGGAGACGGCCCGGGAAAAGAUUGACGAGCUGGAGAAGUCCAACGGCACAGCACAGGCCGAGAACGAGCGCCUCCAGCAACAGAUCACCGACCUCAACAGCAAGCUAGAAUCGCAAGCGGCCGAGGUGGACACGUUGCGCAGUCGCACAAAUCUCUCGACUAGUAAUUGGGCGAAAGAGCGCGAUGAAAUGGUGCAACGUGAAGCGGCUCUGCGGGAGGAGUACGAGGUCGCGAGGCAGGCAAUGCAGGACUGGGAAAUUCUGGCAACAGAAGAACGUUCGAGGCGAGAAGCUCUAGAUGAGAAGACGCAGGAGCUCGAGGAUCAGCUGCAUGCACAACGAGAGGCAUACGAGCGUGCUCAAUCCGAAGCCAACACGCAAUCGAAUACAGUGGACGGUCUCCAACGCGCCCUGCGUGACCUGCAAGAAGAGCGGAAACGGGAGUUACGAGAGAUGGUGGAGCAGUCACAAUCGCAGCUUGAUGCGCUGCGCACCCAGGCAAAAGAAGCCGAAGAGACAGCGGCAUCGCUCAAGACUGAGCUGGAAACGACACAGGCUGAACUUGCAAGAGCUGCGCCGUUCGAGAAAGAGGUCAAAGAGAAAAACCUGCUGAUUGGCAAGCUCCGGCACGAGGCUGUCAUCCUUAACGACCAUCUCACCAAAGCGCUUCGCUUCCUGAAGCGUGGCAAGCCAGAGGACAAUGUCGAUCGCCAGCUGGUGACCAACCACUUUCUGCAUUUCCUGGCUUUGGAUCGAAGCGACCCGAAAAAGUUCCAAGUGCUGCAGCUGAUCGCGGCUCUCUUGGGCUGGGACGAAUCACAACGGGAGCAAGCAGGUCUAGUCCGGACCGGCAGUAACGUCAGCUCAACAAGUGGUAGCUUGCGAGUACCAUUAUCACCCUUCCGGCGGACACCAUCGACGCCGACUCUAGGUGAAUUCAUCCCAGACAGCCCAGGUGGCGCGAGUCGAGAAAGUCUGGCGGAGCUCUGGAGUGACUUCUUAGAGCGAGAGGCUGAGCAGGGCACUUCUGGUAGCUCUCGCAGACCCAGCAUUGCCAGCUCUCGAGGUGGCAUGAGGAGUCCGAGCAUUGGAGGCGUGAUGAGUCCUACGAGUGAAAGCGGAAAAGCAGGACCAUUCAACGGGGGCAGCUUGCGCGGCGUGCCAGACGCCCAGCACCAGAGGAAAGCGAGUCAGAGCUCUAUAGCUGUCUUGGGAGGCAAGCCAGAGGGUGCUGGACCGGCGAAGUAG